ACUUCAGGUCCCGCUAUCCACAGUGACGCCGUCUCCAUGGUAUUUCAACAUGGCGGCCAGUGGGAAGCAUCCAAUACUUUCCUCCACACCACUGCAGGUUCUCCUUUACCUCAACAGCUGGUAUUUUGCUGCCUUCUUCGUUGCAGAGUGUCUUAUGUUUGUGUAUAAAGGUGUUAUGCUUCCAUAUCCAUCGCCAAAUCUCAUCCUGGACAUUGUGUUGCUUCUUCUCUUUCUUGGUCUAGAAAUCCUCAGACUCUUUUAUGGCUGGAAGGGGAACCUUUGUGAGCACAAACUGGCCAUGUCCGUGAGUGUGGGUGUGCUUGUGCCGUGCACAGUGCUCUGUGUGUACUAUCUGCUGCUGCAGACGUUUGUGCUGAGGCUGGAGUUCAUACUCAAUGCUAUUCUUUUGGGCUUCUAUGGCGUUGAACUGAUUCUCGGGAUAAUGUGUAUCUCAACUUUCUCUUGGUCAAGUGUAUACUGAUGAAGUCCUCUUUUGUCUGGAGACAAGAACAGUGUUGAAGACAUCUGCAAUGGUUGAGAUUUGACUGGACUGCGCCUUCAAUGGCCAACUCACAUGAGAAUAAGAUGUCUGUUGUUUUCAUGAUGUGUGUUUUUUGUAUAAACUUUAUUUAAGAAUGUGUCUAGAGCUGCAUAACUACUAUAGGGGUAUCAUGUGUACUGGUUGUACAAAGCUAGUCAUUUCAUGUUCUUGGUC